AUACAGAUUACCAGUGGAGUCUUCUCAAACGUUCAUCUAUGGUGGAAUUCUUCUUGCUGGAUUCUUUGUAUAUUUCCUCGUCAGAAUCACAACGGCUGCCCGGACGGAAAUCGUGUCAAAGAUCUCCGCAGCUUUUACGCGGGAUUCCCAGGCGGCGUCUCCGGAGAUGAGGAGGCGAUCGGGUCAAUGAUGUCGGUGGCGGAUUCGAAUAAGGAUGGGUUCGUGGGGUACGAUGAGUUUGAACACGUGUUGGGCUGCCGGAGAAGUCCGAGGAACAAGGGCCACGACGUCGCUGGGGUGAUGGAGGAUGUGUGUAAGGUUAUGGACAGGGACGACGACGGCAAAGUAGGGCUCGAGGAUUUGAAGAGCUAUAUGAAUUGGGCCGGGUUUUCUGCAACUGAGGAAGAAAUCAAGGCCAUGAUCAAAUUGGGCGGCGGUGAUGAAGAUAGUGGUGUAUCCUAUGAUGGUCUGCUCAAGAUCCUGGGCGUUGAUUAUGUUAACUAA